AUGUCCACCGCACUGCAGGACGCACUUGAAGUCAGGGUCAUAGAUCCAAUCUUGUUUCUAACAGACUACGAUGAUACCUCAGCCUCCAUUGGACCUCCGCGCUCUCGACGAGAUAGGCGGCCAAACAUCAGCUGGACACUCACUCUUUCCAAAUUCAUUCCAUUCUAUCACUAUAGAAGACAGCACCGAAGAAAUGUCCAGAUCGUUUCCUUUCCACUCGUCAUCGUGUGUCAAUUGACACUUGGACAAAUCCUCUUGCCCAUUUUGCUACUGCCACCAUGGUUCUACACGGUAGAUCCAUGGUUGAUCGACUGUGCGUUGAAAAAAUAUCUCUCUGUCCCGCAUGACCUUCAACUUUUCAAGGGUGUCUAUUUGGUCGGACUCUCCAUAUGGCGCGCAUACAAAGAAGAUGCCUUUGCCGCAAUGCAGCUCAUGUUUCUAGCGGCACUUCUUCCACCUAGAACGUAUGAAAUGAUGGCCAGGUUUCCCCCAUGGGAACGCCCUCUCGCCAACAUGGCAUUGCUCUUUGGCGGAGCUAUUAUCCAAUACAUUGUGUUCAGGUUAGACCUGAAAAGCGAAGCCAACUAUGCCGUCAUAGCACUGGCAAUUCUUCACCUUCUUGGAAUUUCCGACAACUGGGUAAAGAUGGAGUGCCAAUGGCUACGAAUGAGAUCCAAGAUACAGGAAAACAGAGACCGUGGGCGUCAGGUGAGACGUGAUAGAUCGAGACAGGGACGGAAGAGAGCCCAGCGGGAGCACGAGAGGCGGCUGCAAGCUGCGCGGAAAUCGAAAAAUCCGGUUACGCUCGCCCACGGCUCGUCGCAUGGUGGGCCAAGUGCGCUCCAUCGUGAGGUGGAAGACUUUGAUGCAUAUGGCGGGGUGUGGGACUGUAGGGGUGAGAAUGAUCCCCUGGAUUUCUUGAGGGACUACGAAUCUGACACAGGUCGGAAUGAAGCAAAAGGAGUUCAUCGUGGACGAUCUCAGCUUCGAUACCAGCCAAGUUCUAUGUCGUUCUCGGACAAGUCGGUGUUCACCUUAAGCAUCCUAUUGCAUACUACCCAGAAGUUUAUUUCGAAGACUUGGAAAGCAUACCUUCUUGUGCAGGCCCUUGUUCUAGCAGUCUAUUCUGUGGCUCGAUCGUUAUGCUGGUUUUACGGACUCGAAGCUCACAUGGUUCACGAAUUGGCGCCAUUUCGCUGGAUCGACGCUCCCCACGGCUACACAUUACCACUGGUCCCCCUGAGUAGGUUCGCAUACGAUCUGGUGUGUGGCAUAGCAUCAGUGGUCAUAGAGGACAGUAAGAGUUGCUCUGCUAUGCUCAUGAGCGUUCCGGAGAGACUUAAGCGCUGGAUGUCAUGCACCUAGCGUUGCCCGCACACCAAAAAAUGCUGUGAAGCUGUAUGACUUUGCACAAU